UUCUCUGCUGCGCCGCCCCUGUUAUGCUCGCGACGACCUUGCAAGGGUUUCUUGGUCACGCAAAUGACUUAGUGUUGUGUUUUUUUUUUGACGAUUUUCCUUUAAAAAAAACGUGAUUUUUUUCCUCAAUUACUGUCUGUUCGAGUGUCGAGUUCGUGGCGACCUAGGGUUUGGGGUCCGCGUUUCUGUCUGCAGACGGCGACCAGGGUUUGUGCUGGGUCGUACGGGUCUUAUUCUGAUCGUGGAGAGUUUUGUAAAAAUUCUUUUUAAUAAAAAUUGUGAUGGGUUUUUAGUAAAAAUUCUCAAAAAUCGUAGGCGUUUUAAACAAAUUGGUACUUGGAGCUGGUCGCGAUGGCCGUGAGUAACGGUUUUAAACAGACUAGAGUUUGCACCAUUUUUUCCAAAAUAGUGGGUUUUCGGUUUUUGCUCGAAAAGAUUAUUAGACGACAUGCCAUUCAUGAAGAAUCUUUUGACUUGAGGUCGGCAUGCAAUAACACUAUUCGACCAUCGUCAUUUAUCCUGAUGAAGCAACAACUUUUUCCCACCACAUUUCAGAAAUCUUUGACUGCCGCUAAUAUUUCUAGUAGAGGGCACUUCAGUACGAUGUCUCGAACAACAUCACCUACAUCAAAGUUACAGAGUGUCAAGGUUGAUGUUAAUUUUAAAAGUGAAGCCAAUGCUGCACAGGAAGUGUAUCCUCGCAUCAAAACUAAAAGGCUUGACAAAACUGCAAGGCACAUAAUGCAGAUCUUGGAGAAAGAGGCAGUGCAAUCAGUAAAAGCAGAGAGGCUGGUUCCAGAUAUUAAGCCAGGGUACAUUGUAGAGCUCAAAGUGGAAGUACCCGAGAAUAAGCGUAGGGUUUCGACCCUAAAAGGAAUAGUUAUUGCAAGGCGAAAUGCUGGUUUGAGUACAACUUUUAGGAUUCGAAGACUAGUGGCUGGCGUCGGAGUGGAGUCUGUUUUUCCUCUCUAUUCACCAAAUAUUAAACAAAUAAAAGUUUUGGACAAGAAAAGAGUGCGAAGGGCAAAACUUUACUAUCUCCGGGAGAAGAUGGGUUCCAGUGGUAAAAAAUAAAAUGUAAAAUUCACAAGAAUUUGUCAUCUUUCUGCAGGAGGAUUAUAAUUAUGAAGAUGAGAUAUUUCUUGAAUUUCAGUAAAUGUUCAAAAUCUAUGAUGCAAGUUUAACAUGAAGGAUUGAGUUCAACACAUUGAGGGAAUGACAUUCACUUAAGCAGUUUUUGUGGUUUAUUUUUUUGUAUUUGUAAACAUUUAUGGCAUUAUUUUUGAAAAACGUAAACAGAAGUAAGCUGAGAUAUAGCAAAUAAAUAUACAUUUUGUUUUCUGGCACUAAA